AUGCCGCCCCCCGCCGCUCCCUCCUCGUACACCAGGCACGAGACGCGCCGCCGCGACCCCAACCCGCGCGAGGCGGCGCUCCUCGUCGUCGACGUGCAGGGCCACUUCGCGUCGCUGGCCGCGCCGGCCAUGCCGGCCAUCGCCGCCACCGUGGCGCUCUGCCGCGGCGCCGGCAUGCCGGUCGUCCACACCCGCCACGUCGACCCGGAGCCCCGGAGCCGCCCGCUCGCCGAGUGGUGGGCCGGCGACCGCAUCGACGCCGGGACGCCCGCCGCCGAGCUGCUCCCCGGGGCCGGCCGCGCCGAGGGUGACCUCGUGCUGGAGAAGAGUACGUACAGCGCGUUCGCCGGUACGGGGCUCGAGGAGGCGCUCCGCGGGAUGGGCGUGGAGGAGGUGGUCGUGGCCGGCGUGAUGACCAACCUGUGCUGCGAGACCACCGCGCGGGACGCGUUCGUGAGGGGCUUCCGGGUGUUCUUCUCCGCCGACGCCACGGCCACGGCCAGCCGGGACCUGCAUGAGGCCACCCUCGCCAACAUGGCCUACGGGUUCGCCUACAUCGUCGACUGCAAGCGGCUCGAGGCGGCAUUCCGGAAGGACAAGUGAAGUGCGAGCUUUGUGGUUAUCCCUUCUAGUUUUUUUUUUCCUUUUUUCGAAAAAUUCAGAUCUAUUAUUAUAAAGAUUCACCGGAAGCAUAAAAGACCUACUCCCUCCGUUCUAAAAUA